ACAAGAUUGUGCCCAUGGGCUUAUACCACCUCCAGCCAUGGGCCUUUGGGGAAUACUCUGCCUUUUAAUCUUCCUGGGGAAAAGUUGGGGACAGGAACAAAUGAAUUAUAUUCUUUUCCAUCAUUUUUUACAGAUACAACCCAAAGAAUUGUCUGGAAGACAAAACUCAGUUUCACAUGUAUAUUUGGAAGUUGUUUCAAAGCAUUUUUCGAAAUCAAAAAAAAUGCCAAUAACAUAUGACAAUGGAUUUCUCUUCAUCCAUACAGACAAACCUGUCUACACUCCACACCAGUCAGUAAAGGUUAGAGUUUACUCCCUGGAUGAUGACUUGAAGCCAGCCAAAAGAGAAACUGUCUUAACUUUCAUAGAUCCCGAAGGAUCAGAAGUUGACAUCAUAGAAGAAAAUGAUUAUACUGGAAUCAUCUCUUUCCCCGACUUCAAGAUUCCACCUAAUCCAAAAUAUGGGGUAUGGACAAUUAAAGCUAAAUAUAAAGAAGAUUUUUCAACAACUGGGAUCACAUACUUUGAAAUUAAAGAAUAUGUCUUGCCACGUUUCUCCGUUUCAAUAGAACCAGAAAGCAAUUUCAUUGGUUACAAGAAUUUUAAGAAUUUUGAAAUCACUAUAAAAGCAAGAUAUUUUUACAAUAAAGUAGUCGCCGAUGCUGAAGUUUUCAUCUUUUUUGGGAUAAGAGAAGACAUAAAAGAUGAUCAUAAACAAAUGAUGCAGAAAGCGAUGCGAAGCACAGUGUUGAUCAAUGGGAUUGCUCAGGUCACGUUUGAUUCUGAGGCUGCAGUUAAAGAACUCUCCUAUGACAGUCUAGAAGAUUUAAACAACAAAUACCUUUAUAUUGCUGUCAUGGUCAUGGAGUCUACAGGUGGAUUUUCUGUAGAGGCAGAAAUACCCGGCAUCAAAUAUGUCCUCUCUCCCUACACUCUGAAUUUGGUUGCUACUCCUCUUUUCUUAAAGCCUGGGAUUCCAUAUUCCAUCAAGGUACAGGUUAAAGAUUCGCUUGACCAGUUGGUAGGAGGGGUUCCAGUAACUCUGAAUGUACAAACAGUCAAUAUGAAUGAAGAGACAUCUGACUUGGAACCAAAAAGGAGCAUCACAAAUGCCCGUGAUGGAGUGGCCUCAUUUGUGGUUAAUCUCCCAUCUGAAGUGACGGCACUGGAGUUUUAUGUCAAAACCGAUGCCCCAGAACUCCCAGAAGAAAAUCAGGCCAGCAAAGAUUACCGAGCAGUUGCAUACUCAUCUCUCAGCCAAAGUUACCUCUAUAUUGGAUGGUCUGAAAACUAUAAACCCAUGCUUGUGGGAGAAUAUCUGAAUAUUAUUGUUACCCCCAAGAGUCCAUAUACUGAUAAAAUAACUCAUUAUAAUUACCUGAUUUUAUCCAAGGGCAAAAUUAUACACUAUGGCACAAGGGAGAAGCUUCAAUAUUCAUCCUAUCAAAAUAUAAACAUUCCAGUGACACAGAGCAUGGUUCCUUCAGCCCGGCUUCUGGUCUAUUACAUUGUCACUGGAGAACAGACAGCAGAAUUAGUGUCUGACUCAAUCUGGUUGAAUAUCGAAGAAAAGUGUGGCAACCAGCUCCAGGUUCGGCUGUCUCCAGAUUCAGAUGUCUAUUCUCCAGGCCAAACUGUAUCCCUUAAUAUGGCGACUGAGGCAGAGUCAUGGGUGGCACUAACAGCAGUGGACAGUGCUGUAUAUGGAGUCCAGGGAAGAGUCCAAAAGCCCAUGCGAAGAGUGUUUCAAGCUUUAGAGAAGAAUGACCUGGGAUGUGGGGCAGGUGGUGGCCGUGAUAAUGCAAAUGUAUUCCACCUAGCUGGACUCACCUUUCUCACCAAUGCAAACGCAGAUGAGUCCCAAGACCAUGAUAAUCCCUGUAAAGAAAUUCUCAGACCAAGAAGCGAUCUGCAACUUCUGGAACAGAAAAUAGAAGAGCAAGCUGCCAAAUACAGACAUCCAGUGCCAAAAAGAUGUUGUUAUGAUGGAGCCCGUUAUAAUAGCCAUGAAACCUGUGAGCAGCGAGUUGCCCGGAUUACCAUAGGCCCACGCUGUGUCAGCGCUUUCAGUGAAUGUUGUACCAUUGCAAACAGCAUCCGGACUAACAGUUCUCAUAAAGCCAUGAACUUAGCAAGGCUACACAUAAAGACCUUACUACCAACAAUGAAAGCAGAAAUUCGGAGCUAUUUUCCAGAAAGCUGGUUAUGGGAGGUUCAUCAUGUUCCCAAAAGAAACCAGCUGCAGGUUGUGCUGCCCGAUUCUCUAACUACCUGGGAAAUUCAAGGCAUUGGCAUUUCAAACAGUGGUAUAUGUGUUGCUGAUACAAUCAAAGCAAAGGUGUUCAAAGACGUCUUCCUGGAGAUGAACAUGCCAUAUUCUGUUGUACGAGGGGAACAAAUCCAAUUAAAAGGAACUGUUUACAACUAUAGGACUUCAGAGAUGAUGUUCUGUGUGAAAAUGUCUACUGUGGAGGGAAUCUGUACAUCAGGAAGCUCAGCUGUUAACCACCAGGCUUCGAAGUCCUCCCGAUGUGUGCCCCAGAGGGUAGGAGGCUCCUCCAGCCACCUGGUGACCUUCAGCCUUCUUCCACUGGAAAUUGGCCUUCAUACCAUCAACUUUUCACUGGAGACUUCAUUUGGAAAAGAAAUCUUAGUAAAAACAUUACGAGUGGUGCCAGAAGGGGUCAAAAGGGAAAGUUAUGCUGGCGUUACUCUGGACCCUAAGGGAAUUUAUGGUAUUGUUAGCAGACGAAAGGAGUUCCCAUACAGGAUUCCAUUAGACUUGGUCCCCAAAACCAAUGUCAAAAGGAUUUUGAGUGUAAAAGGGCUACUUAUUGGUGAAGUCCUGUCUGCAGUUGUGAGUAAGGAAGGCAUUGAUCUCCUAACGCAUCUCCCCAAGGGUAGUGCCGAGGCCGAGCUGAUGAGCAUCAUCCCAGUAUUCUAUGCUUUUCACUAUCUGGAAGCAGGAAACAACUGGAACAUUUUUUAUCCUGAUUCAUUAACUAGAAAGAAUAACCUGAAGAAAAAAAUAAAAGAAGGGAUGGUGAGCAUCAUGUCCUAUAAAAACGCUGACCAUUCAUACAGCAUGUGGAAGGGGGGAAGUGCCAGUACCUGGUUAACAGCUUUUGCUCUAAGAGUACUUGGACAAGUGGAUAAAUAUGUAAAGCAGGACCAAAAUUCAAUUUGUAACUCUCUUUUGUGGUUGAUUGAGAAUUGUCAGCUGGAAAAUGGAUCUUUCAAGGAAAAUUCCAACUAUCUGCCAAUAAAAUUACAGGGUACCUUACCUGUUGAAACCCAAGAGACCACUUUGUAUCUUACAGCUUUUUCUGUGAUUGGAAUUAGAAAGGCUUUUGAUAUAUGCCCCCUGGAGAAAAUCAGCACUGCGCUAACUAAAGCUGACUCCUUCAUGCUUGAAAAUGCCCUCCCAUCCAAGAGCAUCUUCACACUGGCCAUUGUGGCCUAUGCUCUCUCCCUAGGAGACAGAGCACACCCAAGUUUUCGUUCAAUCGUUUCAGCCCUGAAGAGGGAAGCUUUGGUUAAAGGCAAUCCACCCAUUUACCGUUUCUGGAAAGACAGUCAUCAGCAUACAGACAGCUCUGCACCUAACAGUGGCACAGCAGGUAUGGUGGAAACCACAGCCUAUGCUUUGCUUACCAGCCUGAGCCUGAAGGAAAUGAAUUAUGUCAACCCGAUCAUCAAAUGGCUGGCUGAAGAGCAGAGGUAUGGAGGCGGCUUUUAUUCCACCCAGGAUACAAUUAAUGCCAUCGAGGGCCUAACAGAAUAUUCACUCCUGGUUAAACAACUUCAUCUGAAUAUGGAUAUCAAUGUCUCCUACAAGCAUAAAGGUGACUUCUACCAGUAUAAGGUGACAGAGAAGAACUUCCUUGGGAGGCCAGUAGAGGUGCCUCUCAAUGAUGACCUCGUCAUCACAACAGGCUAUAGCAGCGGCUUGGCAACAGUACAUGUGAAAACUGUGGUUCACAAAACUAGUACUGCUGAGGAAAUUUGCAGCUUUUAUUUGAAAAUUGAUACCCAAGACAUUGAAGCAUCCAGCUACAGUGGUGACUCCGGAUAUAAGCGCAUCGUAGCAUGUGCCAGCUACAAGCCCAGCAAAGGAGAGUCAGCAUCCGGGUCCUCCCAUGCGGUGAUGGACAUCUCUCUCCCAACUAGCAUCAGUGCAAAUGAAGAAGAUUUACGUGCUCUUGUGGAAGGAGUGGAUCAACUAUUAACAGAUUACCAGAUCAAAGAUGGCCACGUUAUUCUGCAAGUGAAUUCGAUUCCCUCCAGUGAUUUCCUUUGCGUCCGAUUCCGGAUAUUUGAGAUUUUUCAAGUUGGGUUUCUCAGCCCUGCUACUUUCACAGUGUAUGAAUAUCACAGACCAGAUAAGCAGUGCACCAUGUUUUAUAGCACAUCCAACACCAAACUUCAGAAAGUCUGUGAAGAAGCAACGUGCAAGUGCGUAGAAGCUGACUGUGGGCAACUGCGGGAGGAACUGGAUCUGACCAUCUCUGCAGAUACCAGGAAAGAAACAGCAUGUAAACCAGAAAUUGCAUACGCUUAUAAGGUUAAGAUCACAUCUAUCACCGAAGAAAAUGUUUUUGUCAGAUACACUGCAACUCUUCUGGAUAUUUACAAAACAGGGGAGGCUGUGGCUGAAAAAGACUCUGAAGUCACCUUCAUUAAGAAGAUGAGUUGUGCCAAUGCUGAUCUGGUGAAAGGAAGACAGUAUUUAAUCAUGGGUAAAGAAGCUCUGCAGAUAAAACACAAUUUCAGUUUCAAGUACAUCUACCCUCUAGAUUCCUCCACCUGGAUUGAAUAUUGGCCCACAGACACAACAUGUCCAUCAUGUCAACCAUUUGUAGCUAAUUUGGAUGAGUUUUCUGAAGACAUCUUUUUAAACGGCUGUGAAAACGCCUGAGGAGACUGCGCUGUGUGUAACUUUCACUUCUGGACUCGUUAUGGGAAAUCCUUUUUUCUUCUUCUUUUGAAGCUGGUCUUACUUGGAAAUCUCACUUACACUAAAAUCAGUUUCACUUGUUUUUUAUUAAAGCACAAAUUAUAGAGUUUAAA